AGAAUCGAUCUCGACGACACUCAUCUAGAUAUCUCGAUACAUUAGCGCGAUUAUAUUUUUUUUUUAUUGGAUAAUUGGAGACCUUUUGCGAAUUCUCCGAUGACUUUUCCUCCCCUUAUCGAAGAUUAUUAACGAUUUUUUGUGAAAUCGGGAACUCGUGUCCCGCGCGUGGACGGUGACUCACGUGCUCGUCACGCAGCGACUUCACCGACGUGGUCAUGUUUGGUUAUGUUUACUUAGCGCGAUGCACGAUGCGUUCGAGGAAGUAGCAUUCGUCAGGCCUACAAUUCGCCGCCUCGCGCUCGUGACACAUCGCGAGAAGGGUAGAGACAACGCGUAGAUUAAAUAUUGCUGGCCAGAUUACGAGAGGCGUGUUCGAAAUAUCCGAGAAUCGGAGAUACCGCGGUCUCGCGUGUCGCCCACGUGCCAAUUUCUGGGGCAUCGGUGAGAAAUGCCGCGCGUUAGGACUUCGGGCCCUUUAUCACGCAUACUUUUUUAUUAAUUGAUAACAUUGUCAUACACUUGUUAUUUUUCUUACCGAGCUGCACACGCUGCAUCUUGUACAACAAUGUCGGUCGUGAAAACGUUACCUUCGCUGGAUGGAGCGAAAGUAAUUGUCGUAGACGAAGGUGUAGAUGCGACGUAUUCGACAGCGUUGAUAGCUGGAUGGGUGAAAGAGUGGAAGGAGAAGAAUUCUGACUACAGUAUCGAUAUAUUGUCGUUUUCUGAUCCAAAGACUUGGUACGACAACGAACCGGAGCCACUCACGUCUACGAAUGUAAAUUUGCACGAUUAUUUUAAUGCCUACCCGACUGAAGACACUGAGAGGAAAGACUUGGAAAAUCUCAACUGUAUACUCAAGACUGUCAGGUUGAAAUCUCAGAAUACGGUCAUUGUCAAUUGUUUGAGUUCUCUGGUUCUGUACGUGGGCUUAGGAAAAGCUCUGCGAUUUGUGGAGAAGUUAAGCAAACAGGUGUCGCAAUUGAUAUGUAUUUACCGGAGGGAUUUCGUACAGAUCAAAGUUCCUGCGAUCGAGACUCUUGGCACUACUUACGUUAAACUGGAAAAGUUCACCGGAAUCAACCCUAGAAACAAUUUAGUUUAUAACGUGAAGCUCGUCCACAGAAGAUCGGGUGGUUCCAUGCUGUGCCAAACAGAAAUAAUAAGGCAGGAUCUCGAAUCUUAUCGGAUCGAUGCUGAAAAGGUUGAAGAAUCGAGCAUUCGCAAGACAGAACCAGAACCGAUAAAGAUAGAAACGUCGUUCAGGAUAGAAAUGAGCGCUCGGGAAAUGGAUCAGAGAGAUAAGACGCCUUUACCUUAUACUUUGAAUGCAACGAACACAUCUAGGAUAUUUUAUCAACCGGAAGAUGUGGACGAUAUAGAUGAAGAGGAUCCUGAUGAUGAUCUAUGCAUAUAGCUUUAUAAAAAUUAAAGAAAUGGCGUAUAAGAAACUUAACAAUUUCUUAACUGCAACUCUCUGACUACGUCGAAAUAAUUGAAAAGUGAAAAUGUUUUCAAGUAGACUCGAAAUAAAUUUCAACUUCCGAGUAUUUCGUUCAAGUGGCUUCGAAUCUGAAUCAAAUGCGUUAAAAUGUUUUUGUCAUUAUGAUAAAUUCACUUAUCACGCGAUAAGAGUCGUUAGGACAGGGUUCUUGUUUCUACCGCUAGCGACUAUAUCGCCACCGUCAUCGCGGAGUUCUCAGUUCUGUUCUCGACUCAGGGACCAGCCAUGUUUCUCGGAGUUUCAACAGCUGACAUUUUUUAUUUUCAGGUUUCUGGACAAUUAUAAUAUAUAUGUUUCUCUGGAAAGAAGAUAAUAAUUUUAUUACAUUUCUGAUAUAAUUGUCGUGUAUUUAUUACUCACUCACAUUGAUUUACAUAGUAGUUAUAAUAGAUUCAAUUUAAUAAUUCAA